AACAAUUGGAAAAGCUUACAGAGAAAACCUGUUCGGGACGGAAGGAAGGAAGGAACUCUUCACGCUGAAUUUUACAUUUGCAGGUAGGGAGUAAACGAAGACAAAAGUCAUUUUGAAGAAAAAAGGGGACUUUUAAAGAGUGCAACGGAGCUUCGAGAAAAUGCUGAUUAAAUUUUUAUUGUCUACAAUGAUGCUAUUUUUCUAGCAACCGUUUUUUACAUGUCUAAGCGGAAAAUAGAAAAAAUCUUUAGUACUCCUUGAGUUGGCAAUAGGCACAGUUAUCAUUCUUAUUAUUAAAUCAAUUCAAAGACUUGUAUUAGGAAGUUCGUAAAAGAGUCCCUGCUGCGACGGUUAUUUACCGUGGUUGUUCCAUUUCAUCAAUAUUUUGUAGAUAUAAGAAGAAAAAGAUACAGCUGGAAAUGAAAACAGUCAUGAUACAUGAAACAAAAAAAUAGGGGUUCAUAUAAGGUUGUCUAAUGAAAAAUCUCUUAACAUUUGGAGUUGCGACCAUUGAACCAUCAGAGAACCUAUUGCUUAUGGCCGGACAUCUAGAAGUCGAUCAAUUUUUAAUUUAAAAAAAAAAAACCUCCUUCUUUUUAUUUUUAUUUCCGGCGGUCAAUUCGCCUUGAUCAAAACGCAGUCAAUGUAAUUUAAGAGCGAUUUUUCAUUUUAUUCUGAGAGCUUCUGUAAAAGCGGGAUAUUGAAUCUGCACUGCAGCCACUUCCCUGAGUUACCUUUUCCUGAGACAUUAAUUUUCAGAAAACUGUCAGGGCGUGCAAGGUUCUUUUUAUUUUUCUCCUUUACAAUGUACAUAUGAAUUGAUGAUAAACCUUUUUCCUUGCUUCCAAGUUCUCUCUUGGCUUGCUUGCUCAAACCCUCCCCUUAAACAUGGCAACUUUAAAACACAGCUUGAGGAAUCACCUUCUAGAAAGUUUUCUUAGUAGUAAUCAACCGUGUUUUUUUAAGUUUUCUGAGGCAGUUGAUAUCUUUUUCAUGAUGUUUUACACAUAUUUGAUACGGAAAAAAUUUUUUUCUCAAAUAAAUCCUUUGUAAUUAUUCCUGUAAUUACGCCAGAAGAUUCUCAUUGGCAUAUCUGAGGCCAAGAGGAGCCCUAUACAGAUAUUGCAUUUACCAGUGCUACGAUAUGAGAAAAUGUAGUCAUAUCACCGUCCCUAAAUUGUUGUUUUGCACUGUUUUAGAUUGCUUUAUAUGCGAGAUAAAAAAAAAAAAAAACUUCUCCAAUCGUAAACCAAUGUCAUAAGAUUUAGAUUGAUUUUUAUCGGUUGAAAUCUUGGUGAGGGAAAAAAAAAAAAAUUCUUGAUACGACUUGCUAGGGCGGGUUUGGUUUCAUGGAAAAAAAGUUAAAAUCAUCUUCGCGAGAGUCAGAACUUAACAAGAAGCGAGAUGAGUUAAAGCUAUAGAAAUCAAGAUAACGACCUCUGUUGAGCAAUUUUUUGGCAUUAUUAUCCUAGGUCCAGUAUCUGAAACACUCUCCGACAGAAUUCCCCGAUGAAGUCCUGGAUCAUUUUCUUGCUGCUGGUUUCGCUGGCCAUAUACAGUAAUGGACGCACACGGUUUCGCAUGAUCGAGUUUGAUCAGGCAGAGGAAAAGAAUAUGAUGUACAAGUCUUGCAUAAGGCAAUGUACAGAAUCAUGUGGGCAGUCUGAGUCCUGUAAGAGAACAUCUGACAAGCAGGCGCUGUGCAUGAAUGGUGCAGGCGAUGAUAAGCUUGAGUGGGAAGGCUUUUUGUUUAAUAAUGAAAUGAUCAAAGCAUGCGGUAAUAUUAUCGCACCGAUGAUCAGCCGGCGCGAACCGAAUCCCGAGCCAAGACAGCAUAUGGAUCCAUACGAGCUUUUGCGGCUGAUGGACAUGUAAUAAUCUAAGUUUUUGUCGAGGGAAAACGUUAUCGUGUUCCUUUUUUAAGUAGAAUUAGCGGGGAAAAGCUUGAGCACUUUUAACAGCUCAUGGGGAAAUUAAUCGGAAACCUUUCAUUUGAAAAAUAACGUCACUUCAAUUUAGUAUUGCUUUUGUUAUAAAAUUGUUAAGGAAUGGAUUGGGCAAAUUCCUUUGUUUAGUUUAAGUUGUAUUUAUGUUUGACAGACAUGACCAACCUGGAGUCAAGAGCAGUGUUUUGUGGCUCUUAAAAUUAAAGAUUUGGAUUUCUUAGACUAUCAUCAGUUCGACUUGAUCAUGCAUGACAGCUUCAUGACAGUCAUCCCGUCAUAAUCUCUCUAUAACAGCUCCAUAUUAGCCC